CUCUCUGGGCGGUCUUCCUGUUUCCUGUUUAAAUUUACUUUCACUUCCCAGAGACUGUGACGCAGUUAUUUUUCUCCGUGGGGAGCUCCAGCUGGAGGACCCAUCAGAGACCAGACCCUGCUGGACCUGGACCUGGACCUGGACCCAGCUGUGUGUCCAUGCAGCCCCCGUUCCUCUAAUAAAGACCUGUAAGGGAGAGGAGGAGAGAAAUGGAGGAGAGAGGCGUGAUGGAGAGACUUGAAUGGCAGAAGGAGAGAACUGAGAUGGAAAGGGAAAUAGAAACGUUAAGAAGAAGACUGAGGACCAAGAAGAGACCAGAGUCUCCUGAUCCAGAUCCUGAUCCUGAACCUGAUCUUGACCCUGGACCCAGCUGUGUGUCCUUUAAGAGCGACUGGUCACAUGAACGUUAUAUUAACUUUAAAGGAGAUCAACCCUCUGCUGGAGAGAGGAUCAAGCAGAGACCAGAGUCUCCUGAACCUGAUCCUGAACCUGAUCCUGAACCUGAUCCUGAUCCUGAUCCUGAUCUUGGACCCAGCUGUGUGUCCUUUAAGAGCGACUGGUCACAUGAUCGCGAUAUUAACUUUAAAGGAGAUCAACCCUCUGCUGGAGAGAGGACCCAUCAGAGACCAGACCAACCUGAUCCUGAUCCUGAUCCUGAUCCUGAACCCAGCUGUGUGUCGAUUGAGAGCGAUCGGUCAAAGGAUGGACGCUUUGACUUUAAAGGAGAUCAACCCUCUGCUGGAUCGAGGAUCCAUCAGACACCAGACUCUGCUGGACCUGGACCCAGCUGUGUGUCCUUCAAGAGUGACUGGUCACAUCAAGGCCUCAUUGACUUUAAAGGUCAACAACCCACUGCUGGAAAGAGAGUGGACCAGGAGAGCUCAGAGGGUCCCAGUGGUCAGUCUGCCCAGCAGCAUCAAACCCCCCUGGACUCCAUCUUUAGGCUGCUGGAGGACAACAUCAUCACUUUUGUGAAGAACGAGCUGAAGAAGAUCCAGAAGCUUCUGAGACCAGAUUACCCAGAAUGCUCAGAGAGUCAGAGGGAGGGUGAGGAUGAAGAGCAGAGGAGGAGCAGAGAGGCGUUUCUGAAGAUCACACUCCACUUCCUGAGGAGAAUGAAGCAGGACGAGCUGGCUGACCGUCUGCAGAGCAGAAGUCCAGCAGAAGUUUCUAAGCAUAAACUCAAAUCUAAGCUAAACAGGAAGUUCCAGAGUGUGUUGAUUGCUAAAGCAGGAAACCAAACCGUUCUGGAUCAGAUGUUCACAGAGAUCUACCUCAUGAAGGGAGGGGCUGCAGGGGUCAAUGAUGAACAUGAGGUCAGACAGAUUGAAACAGCAUCCAGGAAACCAGACAGACCAGAAACAAUAAUCAGACAAGAAGACAUCUUUAAAACCCCACCUGGAAGAGAUGAACCAAUCAGAGCAGUGAUGACAACCGGAGUGGCUGGCAUCGGGAAAACAGUCUUAACCCAGAAGUUCACUCUGGACUGGGCUGAAGGCAAAGCCAACCAGGACAUCCAGUUCACAUUCCCCUUCACCUUCAGAGAGCUGAAUGUGCUGAAAGAGAGAAAGUUCAGCUUGGUGGAACUUGUUGAUUACUUCUUUAGUGAAACCAAAGAAGCAGGAAUCUGCCGGUUUGAAGAGUUCCCGGUGGUCUUCAUCUUUGACGGUCUGGAUGAGUGUCGACUUCCUCUGGACUUCCUCAACACUAAAAUCCUGACUGAUGUUACAGAGACCACCUCAGUGGGUGUGCUGCUGACAAACCUCAUCAGGGGGGAUCUGCUUCCCUCUGCUCGCCUCUGGAUAACCACACGACCUGCAGCAGCCAAUCAGAUCCCUCCUGGGUGUGUUGACAUGGUGACAGAGGUCAGAGGGUUUAAUGAUGCCCAAAAGGAGGAGUACUUCAGGAAGAGAUUCAGAGAUGAGGAGCAGGCCAGCAGAAUCAUCUCCCACAUCAAGACCUCACAAAGCCUCCACAUCAUGUGCCACAUCCCAGUCUUCUGCUGGAUCACUGCUACAGUUCUGGAGGACAUGUUGAAAACCAGAGAGAGAAGGGAGCUGCCCAAGACCCUGACUGAGAUGUACAUCCACUUCCUGGUGGUUCAGUCCAAAGUGAAGAACAUCAAGUAUGAUGGAGGAGGUGAGACGGAUCCAACCUGGAGUCCAGAGAGCAGGAAGAUGAUGGAGUCUUUGGGAAAACUGGCUUUCGAGCAGCUGCAGAAAGGCAACCUGAUCUUCUAUGAAUCAGACCUGACAGAGUGUGGCAUCGAUAUCAGAGCAGCCUCAGUGGUCUCAGGAGUCUUCACACAAAUCUUUAAAGAGGAGAGAGGACUGUACCAGGACAAGGUGUUCUGCUUCGUCCAUCUGAGUGUCCAGGAGUUUAUGGCUGCUCUUCAUGUCCAUCUGACCUUCACCAACUCUGGAGUCAACCUGCUGGCAGAAGAACAAACAUCAUCAACACAGUUCUACCAGAGUGCUGUGGACAAGGCCUUACAGAGUCCAAAUGGACACCUGGACUUGUUCCUCCGCUUCCUCCUGGGUCUUUCUCUGCAGACAAAUCAGAAUCUCCUAAGAGGUCUGCUGACACAGACAGGAAGUAGAUCAAAGAUGAAUCAGGAAACAGUAAAGUACAUCAAGAAGAAGAUGGAUGAGGAUCUGUCUGCAGAGAGAAGCAUCAAUCUGUUCCACUGUCUGAAUGAACUGAAUGAUCGUUCUCUAGUGGAGCAGAUCCAACGGUUCCUGAGAUCAGGACGUCUCUCCGCACAUAAUCUGUCUCCUGCUCAGUGGUCAGCUCUGGUCUUCAUCUUACUGUCAUCAGAAGAAGAUCUGGACGUGUUUGACCUGAAGAAAUACUCUGCUUCAGAGGAGGCUCUUCUGAGGCUGCUGCCAGUGGUCAAAGCCUCCAACAAAGCUCUGCUGAGUGGCUGUAACCUGUCAGAGAGAAGCUGGGAAGCUCUGUCCUCAGUUCUCAGCUCCCAGUCCUCUAGUCUGAGAGAGCUGGACCUGAGUAACAACAACCUGCAGGAUUCAGGAGGGAAGCUGAUCUCUGAUGGACUGAAGAGUCCACACUGCACUCUGGAGACUCUCAGUCUGUCAGGCUGUCUGAUCUCAGAGGAAGGCUGUUCUUCUCUGGUCUCAGCUCUGAGCUCCAACCCCUCCCAUCUGAGAGAGCUGGACCUGAGCUACAAUCAUCCAGGGGACUCAGGAGUGAAGCUGCUGUCAGCGGGACUGAAGGAUCCUCUCUGGAGACUGGACACUCUCAGAUUCCUGUGAACUCACAGUCGACACCAACACGGUGCACAGGAACCUCA